CUGACUCUAGUACAGCUGCCGAGAGAACUCAUCAUGCACAAUGGGAAAAGUCAAGUCGUCUUAGUCUUCUUACUAUGAAAAGAUCCAUUCCUGAACAUCUAUUGAGUGGUUUGCCAGACACUACAAAUGCCAAAGAGUUUUUCAAUGCUGUAGAAAAAUUAUACGACCUUUAAAAGUGAAAACGCUGAAGCUGGACAUCUUAUGGAUGAAAUGACAACCAUUAAGUAUGAUGAAUUAAAAGGAGUGCGAGAUUUUAUUCUGAAAUUGGUGAAUGUUCAGUCCAAGUUAAAAGAUCAUAAUAUUCCUCUUCCUGACUCGUUCAUUAUUCAUCGAGCUCUUCAUGCUCUUCCUGCCUCUUUCAGCCUUAUCAAGAUAGCCUACAACACUUACAAUCAAACAUGGACUAUCAGCGACCUAAUUUCUCAGUGUGUAGCUGAAGAAAGCAAGCUUAAAAGGGAGAAGAAUGAAUCUGCUAACUAUGUUUCUCACCUCAAGCCCAACAAAGGAAAAGGAAAAUUCAAGAAUAAAAAUGAUGGUGCUACAAAACAGAAUGGUAAUGGUAAGGAGCAUAAGAAUAAACAGAAGAAUAACAAUGGAAAGUCCAAAUACUCUAAUGUGAAGUGUUACUUUUGUGAAAAAUUGGGGCAUCGGAGAACGGACUGUCACAAAUUUAAGACUUGGUUAGAAAAGAAGCAAGCACAAUCAGGGGCUAAGGGAUCUCAGGAAGCCAAGUGAGAGGGAGUCCAAGCUUAAAGUGGGCAAUGAUGUUGGAGUUGACGUUAUCUAUGUUGGAACAUUUAUUCUUGAAUUACAGUCUCGUGAUAAGAUUAUUCUGAACAAUACUUUUUAUGUUCCUACUUUUAAAAGGAAUUUAGUUUCGCUUCCGCUUUUGGUUAAA